GGGAGAGUUAAAAGGCCCCGACGCCCCCGACGCAAUCGCGAUUUGUUUUGACCCCCUCCUCGGCGAUUGACGUAUCGCGGAUAUACGUGUAUAUCCGAUGAUGGAGACACCGCUUUUCGGCGCCGCAUCAUCCGCGCGUUCCCGUUGCCCGCACGAGCGACGCCAACGAGAUCCGGCCCGUCCUUCCUAAUCCCCGAAGAAUGGAUCGCGAAUUAAUCGCGUCGCUCGUCCGGCACAGAUCCGCGCCGUAGGAACGAUAACCCCCGUCCAGAUCAAAAAACGCAUCCUUCAAAUGGAGCGUGUUCUGAAAGCUGUACCGGCGGAUUUAAGAGUAAAAAUGGAGGCUCUUGUGCACGAUUUGACUUUGGCACUGGAAGAGAGCAGCAAUAGUGCGAAUCUCAGGCGCAGAUGGGGCAUCAGGAGGAGAGCCCGCUCCACGGGGAAUAUUCCGGCUCUAACUAUGAACAAACAUUCGGACGACAGCUCAUCUUCCAUUUGCGAAAUUCGCAUUCCGAAAACUGCCAACGUUUCGAAGUAUCAGUCCGACAGCGACGAUACUAAUCAGACUAAACGUUUCGCGCAUUUCCCAAACUUAAAUAACGUCAGUAACAUCGAGAGCGAUUCGGUGAAUGAAAAUUUUGUGCCAAGAGCGAACACCAGACGCAAGAGGAAGUUCAAGAGAAUGGCGAUCGAUUCCGACUCUAAUGCGUCCACUUCUCAAGCAGUGGCAAUUAUGUCGACUUCAACGUUCGGCGGAAAGAAACGCAUCUUUCGCGAUUGUAAAAAUAGAUACGGCGCUAUAUGGUGUGGAAAACGUAAGAGAUCGUGUAGAGAACGUUCGAUAGAUUGCGAGAUGAGAGUGCCUAAACCAACCAAAAAUGCAAAACCGAAAAAUCGGGAUAAGAUGCAAGGCGAGGAUACCGUAGAUUGUUCUCGUAUAUCUAGUUCCAGCAUUUCGUCCAGCGAUUCAGAGGCGGGUCUUAUUACAAAUGAUGAGGAUAGAGAAGGAGACGACGAACAGUCGGAUUGGAUUGGAGAGUCGAGUUGGCGGGACGACGGGGAAAGUACCAGCGACGACAAAGCCACGUCGGAUUCGACCUUCCAAAUGAUAUUACACGGCGAACACUUGGUUGCGGAGGCCAAGAAGAACUACAAACAAAGAAUACAACGCAUUCGCGAGGGCUUGAGCGGUAGAGAGAUCCGUGCCGGGCGACGUCACGUCGACAACAAGCCCGGUUACUCCAUCAUAACAUCGGCCAACGAGAAGGUCUCGCGAUUCCUGCAAGAUCCAACUCAGAGCGAGCUGAAGCUCCAUCCUAUGCGACAACCCGAGCGAGAGAAGCUGCGUCGACUCGCCAAUUUGUACAGUUUAAGCAUGAAGGGCGAUCAAGGCUGUCCGAUAUUGUACAAAACGCGGCACACCACUCAAGCUGUAUGCGUAGACCAGGUAUCGUUGAACAGAUUCUCAGACUACAAGAGACUGCGUAAAACACCUCCGAAUUCACCCAACUCAGAUUCGACGAUGCAAACCGAGGAGCCUCAGAUUUCCAGCACGAGCUUCAGCCCGCAAAUCGUAAAUCAAGCGCAAAGUAAUCUGAGCUCCAUACAAGCAAACGUACAAACAUUUUCUUCGUUCGAAUGGGAGAGCGAAAGCAUGGACAUAGAAGUACAAGGAAAACCAAAGUUUCCCGAUUUUGGACAUUCCAAAUCUAGUUAAAUAUAUACAAUACAAGUAUAUAUGUAUUUAUUGUUUUUCUGACUAAUCUGUAUAUACGUGUAUGUACAUUCAUGUAUACGCAAGUUUUUUGUAUAAAUUAUGCUAUUAGAAAUGUUAAUAUUCAUAAUGAUCCCAGGUAGCAUUAAUGUCUAAAAGACAUGAUAAAGAUGUCUUUAAGAUGCCAGAAAUUUUAAAGAUGUCUUUAUGAUGUCUUUUAGACAUUAAUUGCUACCUGGGGAUCAUAUAAAGAUAUUCUAAACUGUACAAAUAAGUAUUUUACUGUAAGUUUUAAUUGACAAAUAAAUGUAUAGUUAUUCAUA